AUGCCCAAAAAUGCUUAUAAGCCUAGUAGCUGCUUAUCACAAGUUUCUAAAAGACGGAGAGAAAAGAUUUUUGAAAUUAAUUAUUUAGUCAACAACACAGAUAAUAUUAUUUCUCCGCUUAUUUCUGUUCAAUCCGAACAAGUCGAACCACCUGAGAAAUGUUCUCAAAUAGAUUCAACCUAUAAUACGUUACCAGGAGUUAUUGAACAUUAUUCUAAUAAUGAGCCUGAACUAUGUUUGGAGCUUAGAGAAAUAAAUAUUCCUCAACAUGUGCCUGAUUUGAAUACUUUUGAUUUAAAACUAGCCUCGUUUAUAACUAAUUCUCGACUUCCAAGAAGUCGUGCUUCAGAAUUAUUAAAAUUAUUAAAAUCUGUGGAUAAUUUGGAGAGCUUAAAAUCAUUACCAACAGAUUCCAGGACCUUAUUAUCAACUCCCCGAUCAGGAAGUGUAGAAAUAAAAACAAUCACUGGUGGUCAGUACAUCCAUUUUGGUAUCUCUAAUGGAUUAAAACAUUUAUUAAAUAGAGAUCCAUUCGUUCGUCAACUAACGGUCCUUGAAUUAUGGUUCAAUAUUGAUGGAUUGCCUAUUGACAGAAAGGGUAAAUCAUUGUGGCCUAUUCUAUGUGGUGUUUUUGUUGAUAAUUCAAUAAAACCUUUCAUUAUUGGUUCUUAUUUUGGAGAAAAAAAACCAUGCAAUGUUCGUGAAUACCUCUCUCCUUUUAUUCAUGAACUUAAUGAUCUUAUAAAUAAUGGUUUGCAAGUUGAUGAUAGCAAUAUAAUUAUACAUUUAAAAGGAAUAAUUGCGGAUGCACCUGCUCGAGCUUAUAUUAAACAGGUUAAAGGGCACUCUGGAUACUUUAGUUGUGAAAAAUGUAUGGUUGAAGGAGAGUAUUUGUAUGGUAGUGUAUCAUUUAAUGACGAAACUGCUCAAGAACGUACUGAUGAUUCAUUUUUAAACCGUAUUAAUGAAGAACAUCAUGUUGGUAUAUCUCCUUUAUUAGAUAUUACUGGUAUUGGGCUUGUCUCAAGUAUCCCUUUGGACUAUAUGCAUCUUUGUUGCUUGGGUAUAAUGAAAAAAAUAUUACAUUGUAUUGUAAGAGGGUCCAAAGUUGUUAAUUCAUGUGGUCAAAUUCGACUUUCUAAGGAUCAAAUCAUCUUAGUAAAUAAUCGUUUGAAAAUUAUUUCAAAAUAUCUAUGUUCAGACUUUGUUCGUGUACCAUACAACUUAAGUGACUUCCAUACCUUUAAAGCUACAGAACUAAGACAAAUAAUGUUGUACACGGGACCAUUUUUAUUUAAACAUAUAGUUAGUUUACCUGUUUAUAACAAUUUAAUAAUAUUUAAUAUUGUCAUGAGAAUUUUGAGCUGUAGUAAAACUGUUUACAGCCAAAAUGAUUAUGCCAAUGCUUUAGCUAAACAUUUUGUAAAAACAUUUUCUCACGUAUUUGGCAGUGGAAAUGUUUCAUACAAUGUACAUUCGUUUAUUCAUUUGGCAAAUGACUGCAAAAAAUAUGGUGUAGUAGAUAAUUUUUCAGCUUUUCCUUUUGAAAAUUAUUUACAGCAUUUGAAAAAAAUAUUACAACCAGGUCCUUCUCCAUUAGUUCAACUUCAUAACCGUAUCAUAGAAGAACGUAUAUGUAGUCAUACUGAUAUUUCUGAAAUACCACUGUACCCAUUGCUCGAUGGUCAUCAUAAUGAAGGUCCAUUGCCAGAAAAUAUACGGGCUGAAUCUGUCACUCAAUAUUCUAUUUUAUUCAUGCUGACAUAUACUCUACGAAUUCAAAAACUAAAAAGAAGAAGUACCAAAAAAGAUGAUUGUGUGAUUAUGUCAUCAAAUGUUAUAUGCAUCGUUAAGAAUAUUGUUGAACGGAAUGGAGAAAUUUUCUUAGUAUGUUCUACAUUUGAAAAAGUUGAUCCUUUUUACAACAUCCCUUGCUCUUCUACAUCAGUUGGAAUAUUUGAAUGUAGUAGAAUAUCAUCUACAAUUCAAUUGUUUCAUAUUAAUAGUGUUAAAUUCAAGGCUUCUUAUUUUCCUUUUUCUGAUAAAGAAUUACAAUGGGAACAAAAUAAAUUUUAUGUAUGUUCAUUGCUUCAUAUUUAUAACUAG